CACAACGAUACUUCACAUUACUUUUUCAUUUCCACAAAUAUGAAAGCUUUCUUAUAUAAUCAGAAAAUGAGCUUCCUUCUUCGUUCCAACUGUUUCUAUUUUCUCAUUUCAAGUUUUCUAAACACGUUUGUUUCUUCUACACAACGCUUGUGUCACUCCGACCAAAGGGAUGCUCUUCUUGAGUUCAAGAGUGAGUUUUUGAUCGAGCCAUAUGUCCCCUCUUAUUCUGGGGAUGAACCAUGGGUGAAUAAAAGUGAUUAUUUUUCUUGGGAUAAAUCAUGGGUGAAUAAAAGUGAUUGUUGUUCUUGGGAUGGCAUCACGUGUGCUGCUACGUCGGGGAAAGUCAUCGGACUAGACCUUAGUGACGGCCUCCUCUAUGGACCACUUAAAUCGAGCAGUAGUCUUUUUAGACUGCGUGAUCUCCGUGAUCUGAAUCUUGCUGGCAACAAUUUCAACAAUUCGCAAUUCCCAGCUGAGUUUGACAAACUCAUGGAGCUAAAAAGACUUAAUCUCUCCCAGUCUUCACUAUCAGGGCAAAUUCCAAUCAAGCUUCUUCAGCUAACCAAGUUGGUGUCUCUCGAUCUUUCAUCUUCUAGUGAUUCUUCGUAUUUAUCCAUUGAUGAAUCUUUUCUUCAUCUACUUGCUCAAAAUCUGAGGAAUCUUAGAGAACUGGAUAUGAGCUAUGUAAACAUUUCUUCAGAAAUCCCCCAUGAGUUUUCAAAUAUGCGGACUCUAAAAUCACUACAUCUUGACGAUUGCAACCUGUUUGGAGAAUUUCCAAGCAGUGUUCUUCUGAUACAUAGCUUACAGUCCAUUAGUUUAUACAACAAUCCAAAUCUGAGAGGCAAUCUUCCCGUUUUUAGUGAAAAUAACUCUUUGGUAGAGCUCUUCAUUCGAGACACAGCCUUCUCAGGCCCCAUACCUGACUCCAUUAGCAGCCUCAAACAUUUGACUUCUUUGACCCUUUCCAGAUCUAAGUUCUCAGGGAAGAUUCCGUCUUCACUUGGGAAUCUUUCUCAUCUCUCCCAUCUCGAUCUCUCUCAAAACAGUUUAACUGGUGAAAUCCCAUCUUCAAUUGGCAAUCUUAAACGGUUGACCUUCUUUGAUGUUUCGGAUAACAAGCUCAGUGGAAACUUGCCAGCUUGGAUAUUCAAUUUGACCCAACUACGUGAACUCUAUCUCUAUUCAAAUCAGUUUACAGGUUUUCUUCCACCAAUCAUCAUCAGCCAAUUCUCCAAAUUAGAGUCUUUUCGUGCUGAUCGUAAUCCUUUUACGGGAGCCAUUCUUUCAUCCCUAGUCCAGAUUCCCUCUUUGACCUAUAUAUUUUUAAGUUAUAACGAAUUCGACGACUUUACUGGGAUUGGGAAUAUCUCUCUGUUACCUAAUUUACGAGAAUUUUCUAUUAUAAGUAAAAAUUACAAAAAAGUCAUCGGUGCUAACCAAGUUGGAUUAAAUGUCUUCUCGCCUCUCAAGAAGCUAGAGACAUUAUUUCUCUCAGGCAUCUCUCUCUCAACAGCAAAUAUCACUAAUGAUUCGGAUUUUUCAUUAGAACUGACACAUUUGUUUUUGCGAGGCUGCAACAUCACUGAGUUCCCUGAGUUCUUAAGUAACGGAAGAUAUCUAGAACAACUAGAUCUUUCCAACAACAAAAUCAAAGGUCAAGUACCAGAUUGGUUGUGGAGACUACCAGCGUUGUCUUAUGUGAAUCUCUCUAACAACUCUCUCAGCGGUUUCAAUGGAUCCUUAAAAGUUUCUCCUGAGUGUCGAGUCAGUGAUCUUGAUCUAAGCUCAAAUGCUUUCCAAGGACCACUCUUCAUCCAGUCCUUCAAAGAUCUCAACAAUUUUUUGGGUUCUAAGAAUAACUUCACCGGGGAGAUACCUCUAUCAAUAUGUGGACUAAGCUUUCUGCAGACCUUAGAUCUAUCAAACAACAACCUCAACGGCUCAAUUCCUCGGUGCUUAGAGACUUUGGUGAUGAGUUCUCUUUCAGAUCUAAAUCUCCGUAACAACACACUCAGCGGCAUUCUUCCCGAGAUAUUUCAUAACGCCAAGAACUUAAUAACACUUGACGUCAGUCACAACCGAUUAGAAGGAAAAAUGCCAGCUUCUCUUGUUGGUUGCUCUGCUUUGGAAGUUUUAAACGUGGGAAGCAACACAUUCAACGACAUGUUUCCCUUUCACUUAAAUUCUCUGCAGAAACUUCAAGUUCUUGUCAUCCGCUCUAACAAGUUUCAUGGCACAUUACAUAGUGUUGAUGGGAUUUGGUUUGGAUUUCCUCAGUUGAAAAUCAUUGAUGUAUCAUAUAAUGACUUCUUUGGUACCUUGCCAUCUGAUUACUUUUUGAACUGGACUGCAAUGACCUCCAUGAGAGAUAAUAAUACAGAACCAGAGUACAUUCAGAGUUAUAAUACUAACAGCUACUACACUUCACUUGUGUUGAUGAGUAAAGGAAUAGAAAUGGAGAUGGAACGUAUCCUUACAAUCUUCACAGCCAUCGAUUUUUCAGGAAAUCAACUUCAUGGACCAAUUCCUGAUUCUGUUGGUUUGCUUAAGGGGCUUCGUAUUCUCAACAUGUCAAGCAAUGCUUUCACGGGCCACAUCCCAUCUGCUUUGGCAAAUUUGACGAGUCUCGAGUCACUAGACCUAUCCCAAAACAAGAUUUCUGGUUCUAUACCACAAGGCACACAAUUUCAACGGCAAAAUUGCUCGUCCUAUGAAGGAAACCCCGGAAUUAAUGUUCCUUCCCUUAAGGAUGUUUGUGGAGAUAUCAAAGUGCCAGCACCACCACAACCCGAACUGGUGGAGACAAAAGAAGAAGAAGAAGAAUCAUUCAGUUGGAUAGCAGCAGGUUUAGGCUUUGGACCUGGAGUUGUAUUUGGAUUAGUGAUGGGAUACAUAGCGGCUUCGUACAAGCAUGAGUGGUUCAUGAAGAUUUUUGGCCGAAGCAAGCAACGGACCAGCAGAAAUCAUUAACGCAUGCAUUGCUGUUAUGUUCAAUGAAGUUGAUGUAUAUCAUAACAUCAUAAAUAAUUUGUAAUAUUUCAUGAAGAAAAAAGCAAGCAUGUGAUGAAUCAAGCAUUAUGUAUUAUA